AGUAUCUCCGACGGGGGAGAGACCUGUUGGUGGUCAGAACCACCCUUACAGACAUUGGUGUCAUGUUACUGGCUCUUUCAAGUGGCAUUGACCAUGGAACUAUGUUGGCACCAGGGGCGGACUGACAACUCAUGGGGCCCCCAGGCAAUAGGGGAUCAUGGGGCCCCUGUGUCCUUGCCCACACUCAAAGCACACCCAAAAAAGCCUAUAACAAAUGUACCAGGGGCAUCUCAUGGGGCCCCCUACUGACCCCGAGCCCUCAGGCAGUGCCCAAGUGCUCGAAUGGUCAGUCUGCCCCUGGUUGGCACCAUUGAGGGGGAGGUCAAUCAGCCUAGCAA